AUGUCCACAUACAGGAAGGCAUUCAGUGAUGGAAGUCAUAGAGCAGAUGGAAGUGGUGGUGGCUCAGGCUCCAGAUAUGGAGGUAGCCUGGCACUGACUACUCAAACUGGCAGCAGCAGUAUCCAGAGUGAAAAUAGAGCCAGAGCUGGAAGAGGCGUGGAUCAUACCUUGGGGCUGGUGCAAAUGGUGGAGGUGGUCGUAUGGGCAGAAAGCUCUUCAGUGCACAACCAGUUGUGUAUGGAUGGAGUGUUGUGGUGCCAAGUUAUCAAAGUAUACGUCGAGGUGUCAGUAUACGUCGAGGUGUCAGUAUACGUCGAGGUGUCAGUAUACGUCGAGGUGUCAGUAUACGUCGAGGUGUCAGUAUACGUCGAGGUGUCAGUAUACGUCGAGGUGUCAGUAUACGUCGAGGUGUCAGUAUACGUCGAGGUGUCAGUAUACGUCGAGGUGUCAGUAUACGUCGAGGUGUCAGUAUACGUCGAGGUGUCAGUAUACGUCGAGGUGUCAGUAUACGUCGAGGUGUCAGUAUACGUCGAGGUGUCAGUAUAUGUCGAGGUGUCAGUAUAUGUCGAGGUGUCAGUAUAUGUCGAGGUGUCAGUAUAUGUCGAGGUGUCAGUAUAUGUCGAGGUGUCAGUAUAUGUCGAGGUGUCAGUAUAUGUCGAGGUGUCAGUAUAUGUCGAGGUGUCAGUAUAUGUCGAGGUGUCAGUAUAUGUCGAGGUGUCAGUAUAUGUCGAGGUGUCAGUAUAUGUCGAGGUGUCAGUAUAUGUCGAGGUGUCAGUAUAUGUCGAGGUGUCAGUAUAUGUCGAGGUGUCAGUAUAUGUCGAGGUGUCAGUAUAUGUCGAGGUGUCAGUAUAUGUCGAGGUGUCAGUAUAUGUCGAGGUGUCAGUAUAUGUCGAGGUGUCAGUAUAUGUCGAGGUGUCAGUAUAUGUCGAGGUGUCAGUAUAUGUCGAGGUGUCAGUAUAUGUCGAGGUGUCAGUAUAUGUCGAGGUGUCAGUAUAUGUCGAGGUGUCAGUAUAUGUCGAGGUGUCAGUAUAUGUCGAGGUGUCAGUAUACGAGAUCUAA